AUGAUGCCGUUUCCGGUGACAACCCCGGGAUCACAACAGACACCGCCGCCGCCCAAGCGCUAUGGCAUCUCCUCCCCCAUCAGCUUAGCAGCCCCCAAGGAGACUGACUGCGUACUUACCCAGAAGUUAAUUGAAACCCUGAAGCCCUUUGGGGUUUUUGAAGAGGAAGAGGAACUGCAGCGCAGGAUUUUAAUUUUGGAAAAAUUAAAUAAUCUGGUAAAGGAAUGGAUACGAGAAAUCAGUGAAAGCAAGAGCCUUCCACAAGCUGUAAUUGAAAAUGUUGGAGGGAAAAUCUUUACGUUUGGCUCAUACAGGUUAGGAGUACACACGAAAGGCGCUGACAUUGAUGCGCUGUGCGUUGCGCCGAGACAUGUUGAUCGAAGUGACUUUUUCACCUCAUUCUAUGACAAAUUGAAAUUACACGAAGAAGUAAAAGAUUUAAGGGCUGUUGAGGAGGCCUUUGUACCAGUUAUUAAACUGUGUUUUGAUGGUAUAGAGAUUGAUAUUUUGUUUGCUAGGUUGGCACUGCAGACUAUUCCAGAAGAUUUGGACCUAAGAGAUGACAGUCUGCUUAAAAACUUAGAUAUUAGAUGCAUAAGAAGCCUUAACGGUUGCCGGGUGACAGAUGAAAUUUUACAUCUAGUUCCAAACAUUGACAACUUCAGGUUAACUCUCAGAGCCAUCAAACUGUGGGCCAAAUGCCACAAUAUCUAUUCCAAUAUAUUAGGAUUCCUGGGAGGUGUUUCUUGGGCCAUGCUAGUAGCGAGAACUUGCCAGCUCUACCCAAAUGCAAUAGCAUCAACUCUUGUUCGUAAGUUUUUCUUGGUAUUUUCUGAAUGGGAAUGGCCAAAUCCAGUGCUACUGAAAGAGCCUGAAGAGCGGAAUCUUAAUUUGCCUGUAUGGGACCCAAGAGUAAAUCCCAGUGAUAGGUACCAUCUUAUGCCCAUAAUCACACCAGCGUACCCACAGCAGAACUCCACAUACAAUGUGUCUGUUUCAACAAGGAUGGUCAUGAUUGAGGAGUUUAAACAAGGGCUUGCUAUCACACAUGAAAUUUUGCUGAGUAAGGCAGAGUGGUCUAAGCUUUUUGAAGCUCGAAGCUUCUUUCAAAAGUACAAGCAUUAUAUUGUACUCCUAGCAAGUGCACCAACAGAAAAACAACAUCUAGAAUGGGUGGGCUUGGUGGAGUCAAAAAUCCGAAUCCUGGUUGGAAGCUUGGAGAAGAAUGAAUUUAUUACUCUGGCGCAUGUGAAUCCUCAGUCAUUUCCAGCACCUAAAGAAAAUCCUGACAAGGAACAAUUUCGUACAAUGUGGGUGAUUGGGUUAGUGUUAAAAAGGCCAGAAAACUCUGACGUUCUCAGUAUUGAUCUCACCUAUGAUAUCCAGUCUUUCACAGAUACAGUUUAUAGGCAAGCAAUAAAUAGCAAGAUGUUUGAGAUGGAUAUGAAAAUUGCUGCAAUGCAUUUAAGAAGAAAGGAACUUCAUCAACUGCUGCCUAAUCAUGUGCUUCAGAAACGGAAAACCCAUUCAACGGAAGGUGUCACUUUAACAGCUUUGAGUGACAGCAGCCUUGGCUUGUCUACAGACAGUGAAGACAGCAUGUCUGUGCCUUUACCUGCUGGCACUAUGAAGACCGGCCCAGCGACUGGCAGCUCUCAGGGCAGAAACAGUCCUGCUCCUGCUGUAAUGGCAGCAUCUGUGACCGCCGUACAAGUUACUGAAGUUUCCUUGCAACAAGGGACUCCCAGCGAAAGCUUAGGGGGUGCGUCAAGCGAAAGCAUUCCUCAGACUGCCUCACAGCCAGCCCUCCUUCCACUACCAAAGGCCACAGUUGCCAGAGUUGUUUCUUCAACACGUCUGGUAAACCAUCCACCCAGGCCAUCAGGGAGCACUGCGACAAACAUAGCUAAUCCUAUUGUGGGCGUCUAGUCGGCAUUCUCACCUCAUAAAGGACCAAGGAAACUAAAAGAAGAGGAACAGACUCAUAAAGAGACAAGUACAACUCCAUUAGAAACUACUCCGACCGUGCCUGGCCUUGUGGCAAACAUCCAGUACAGAACUUUCUAAUAUCCCGGCUCUCCCUGCAAAUCCUGUUACCAAGAAUUUGGGAAGACAGAUUGAACUGAUACAAACAACCUCAAAGGUCCAUAAACUAUAUCUGCCAACACAACCUGUUGUCUUCAAAUGCUAAAGGAGGAGAACGAAGGGUACCAAACUAGAUUUGACUCAAGCUAGAUUUAGCCUUACUUGGUAACUUCCCUUACUUGGCUAAUUUGAUCAGAGGUCCAGGUUAGUAUGUGAUGCUAGAAGUACUACUACAAAUGCGUCAGCAGCGGUUACAGUAACUUUUAAAGGAGACUGCCCAUAAAGAGAAAAGAGAAAAAGCCCUCCAGCU